AUGUCUGCUAAAAAGGAUAUGCGAAGGGCGGACCUUGUCAUCCCCUACGUCGAGCCCAAAGAUGAGAAACCCACCGAUUUCAGCUCGACUAUAACGAGCACCAUGCCUAUGGCAGCUAUGUUUACAAGAAAUAGGAUGCUUGGCUGGUUUUCUCUAUUAACAGCACUGUUGAACUGGUUGGGAGAGACACCAGCCCAGAGACAGAGUCCUAACGGGACGCCCGCAUAUAUGUCCUUUGGCAUGGCUGCGCUGAGCACCGACUCAUACGUUCCAGACAUAUAUGCCCCUGUUUCUACCGCCACCACCAAACGCAAGAGGACCAGCAGCGCCGGCACCCGCCGCUUCAACAUAGCGAUUGGUCCAAGCAGCAUUGGGGAAUUCCAUGGGAAGAACGGCCAAGAAAUCCUGUAUAGAUCAACUGGUGGCUUCUGCGACAAGCGCGGCAAUUCCUUAACUUCUCAUCACCGACACUUUUCUUUCCAAUCCAGCCCGUUCCUCGAGACAAACGAGUUUAUGUCAACUAUCCAAAACCUCAAAACCUUUGACCCCUUCGCGGAGGCCGACGACGACACUGGGGAAGCGAAGCAAUCCCAGAAUUACAUCCACAUUCGUAUCCAGCAGCGCAAUGGUCGUAAGACUCUGACCACCGUCCAAGGCCUUCCGAAGAAAUUCGACCAGAAGAAGAUCCUCAAGGUCAUCAAGAAGAAAUUCGCCUGCAAUGGCACAAUCGUCACAGACAGCGAGAUGGGCGAGGUGAUCCAGCUCCAGGGUGACCAGCGCAAAGAUGUUCAAGAAUUCUUGGUCGCCAAGGACGGCCUCGAGCUCGAUGCAAAGACUAUCAAGCGCUGCAAACCCAUUUUCCAACUGGCGAACUCGGGCUAUCAGGGCCCACCAUCAUAUGGCGAUGCUUUUGUUCCACGCAACGGGAGCCUCCGUUAUGCUGCUACUGACCCUACCAACCCGUCCCGCUCUCCUCCGACUGCCCAGCCUGGCCCCGCGCCUGGCGGCGCCGUCGUCGAGAAUGCCAACAUCGCCAGUGUCGCCAUGUCAGCUCGAUAUCCCCGAGUAGCCGUCCUCCUGGGCGUCCAGCCUCGCUGGCACGUGCCGCUGCUGCUCUGUCGGGCUCUCUCGACCGUGUCGGCCGCGUGGUGGGCUUGCCAGACCUGUUACAGCAUCUAUCGACUCAUCUCGGUCUACGACACGACGGGAGCGACAGCGGCGCCCUCCAUCUCCACGUUGUCAGCAGGUGGCAGUGGUGGGACGAAUGUCGGUGUUGGCGGUAGUGCUGGACCUGGACCUGGUGGUUUGCUUUUGGAGAAUCGGAUCUUCAGGCGCAUGGCUGUGGCACAAGUAUGCUUGAGCUUUCUCUGGGCCGGGGCUGCAGCAUACCUCGCACACAUGUUCGCGUCGUCACUGAUGUCGCGGUGGCUGCUGCACUACAGCCCCCUAGCGGUGCUGGUGCGGCUGUGCAGCCUUUCGAUAUUGCUGUCGUUCGGGUGCCUACAGAUCUUCCGGGCCACGCGGGCCACGGAGCCGGACCUGCUCCAGCUCAGCCGCAGUCUGCUCGCGUGGAUCGCCAUCUCGAUCGGCCUGAUGCUCGCCUACUUCUGCACGCAGCAGGACAUAUUCUCGGCCGACCACGACGACCGCGACGACCGCCGUCGCCGCCAGAUCCUCCGCCUCAAGUGCCUCUACGUCAUCUCGGCCUGCAGCCUCUUCAGCCUGCUGGUCCUCGUCGGCAUCGUCCAGCUGGACCACCACACCGGAAUGUCCCUGAAAGGAAUGAUUGCUGCCGCUAUCGGGAGCGCGAGCGAGGGCGGGGAUGGUAGUGCCGGCCAGGGCCGGGGCCUCGCGAGGCCUCUACACGAUUGGCUUGUGACUUGCAAGGCGUUGGUGUCUGACCUGGCACAACAAUGGCGCAGGUUCGCUUCCGGCGCCGCUAGAUUUGGAGCCGAACUGUGA